UCCGGAGGUUUCAGGAAGCUCGCUGUUUGUCGGACACAGCUGGGACUGAGCUGAGCGGCAGGCUGCAGGAGAUCUGCUCCCCAGAGCUUGAAAGAAUUUAAAAAUGAAGAGGAAAAGGUCAAAGAAAGACAGAAGUCAAGGAUUUGACAAAGAAAGCUCGAGGAACGACCACAGGAAAGAAAGACGGAAGAAGACCAAAAAAUCAGCAAGUGGGGGCAGAGCCGCAUCCCCACCCCAGUUUCAGAGCCAACAUGAAGAUACUGUUACUGCGCCAAUGAACCAGAGUGAACGCCAGCCUGAUCAGGGUUGUGCCAGUAUCCCAGGGCCUGUGCCAGGAAAAGUGAAUGCUCAAACUCAAACAAUAUCAAAUACAGAAAGCAGACAUACCCAGACUGAGUCUGUCAAUCACAAGUCAUGUCACACACAAACCGAGUCAGAUCCCAAGUGUGAAGCCACAAUUCAAGGCCAGAAGAAGACGGAAAAUGAUUCACCCAAGACGAAUGAAGAAAAGGGUGCUGACGAUUCCAUGUCAACACCUCCUGAUCCUGGAGAGGACAAGAAGGAAGGAACAACUACACCAUCGAGCUGUGAAGAAGUGAAGGAGGAGGACAUCAAGAACAAGAAAGGAAAAGAUCCGCAAGAUUCCUCUAACCCCAAAUCUACAGAAACCAAACCAAAGUCUUAUGCUGAAGCAGCAUCAGGCAAAGACUCGAAGGAAAAAACCAACCAGACAGCGGCAGAACAGGAGGGUAAAACCCACGACAAAGCAGCACAGAGAAAAACUUCCCCAGUGAGAGGACCAACUGAGGAACCAGUCUUCACAUUUUAUGUGUACUUAGUAAUGGACAAACGCUUCAAGUUUGACAGACAAAAGGACAAACUUCUGUUCUGUUAUGAAAAUGGUUGGAAUGAAUUGGAAAUAAUCCUGUUCAAGAGCAUGAAUAAGGAUGGCUAUUUAAUUGAGGCAAAAUUCUCUGUUGAUAAACAUUAUGUGAAGAGUGGUAGCACGGUAUCAUAUUGCUAUGCAGUGCAGCAACAAGAUGAGAGAAUAAUGGAAAUUGCCACAAGAUGCCUCCAGAUUUCUUUUGAUCACUCAGUAAAAGAAAUGCACCUUUUUGAGGCCCAUAUGAGUCGUUCAGGAAAUUUUAAGGAUUGGCUGAAGAGCUGGAUCAAAUCUGCAGAUAAAGUCAUAUCGGAGGCCUGGCACAAUUCUGCAUAUUUACUGCUGAACAGAUUGUUUGAGAAAUGGGAACCAUCAAACCAGGAGGCCAUGAAGACAUUCACACAACUCUUAAUUGAAUAUCAGUGGUGUUUUCAUAUUGCCAAUCAGCGGAUAUUUUACCCUAAUGAUUUGCGUGCUCCUUUUAUAGAGGUGUCUGCAUUAGUAGCAAAGAAACUGGUUAGCAUACUGGAUGCUGAAGAAAGCCCAUCAGAGAGCUCAACUAAUGUUGGCCCUCUUGCAGUAGGCCUCUCAGUGUUCCAGGUGACCUGCAGAUGUAAGAUCAGUCUUGGGAUUAAAGCCUGGGGUGUGCUGUGUCAGCUGGUCUCAUCUGCUCCUGCCCUCAGACAAAUACAAGAAAUCCAAAGUUCCUUUCCAACACUGACAUACACCGUGAUGGGUCUGAUGAACCAGUGUGUUAGGACUUUGCUCUCAGAGGCAAUUCUGCUGGUUCCUCUCCUCCACUCCGUGAGGCAGCUUGAAGCAGACUCCAGCCGACUCGGACCGACUGUUGAGGAACAAAGCUGGACAGGAUUGCAAUAUGUGGAGUACCGUGUAUACAGAGAAAAAAUAAGAACAUAUCCUGAUAAGAGAAGAAUGAUCCUUGAUCUGGUUGAAAAGCGCAAGUCGUUGGCCAAGGACAAGCCUCAUGUUGUGACUGCCUGGCUGUCCAUGAUGGCGUUUGAUGAUAUGUCCAGGUUUGCCAAGUCGAUGGACAUUACAUCUGAACAACUAAUUCAGAGCCUGAUGUACAGAUUGAAAGAUUUUCAACUGUUCUUUCGAAACACUGAUACUAACCAAUCACAGAAAAACUUGGAGGUCACAGAAAAGAUUCUGACAGACCUGUUGAUUUGUGUUGAUAAGGACAAAGAAAGACUCAUGAGCUCCAAAUGGUUGGACUCCAUAUUUCAGUGCUGCAGACAUGUCCAUAAGAGCACUUGCUCAAUGGCUCGACUCGUUCCAGCGUAUAAGGCAGCAGUGCUUUCUUUUCAACUGGUGCUAAAAAUGGCUGAAAUUCAGUACGAAUUUCUUACAAAGCAUGAACCGGAUGAAGAUUCGGAGAAAACAAGACUUUUGAAACAGAUUCUUGAAACCACUCAGAAGGAGUUCUGUCAGUGGAAAGACAAUCUCCUGCAGAAGCCUCUGCUCCAAUCUGACCGUCUCACUUACCCCAAAGAAAUAGAGCUCUGGAAUGCUUUCUUUGGGCUGGAGUGUUCAAUUCCCUCUGUCACAGAGCAGUGGAUGUGCAGCGUAAAGAAAGACUUGAGAAAGAGGAUCUCUGAGCUUAAUGACGUACGGCAGGUACAGAUCUGCUGUAUGGAAACACCAGCAGAAGCGAUAGAGAAAAGCCAUGUCACAAUUCAGACUUGUUUUCAGGAAUUGUGCCUCUCUGCCAUUAAAAAGUUAUGCCAGGCAGGUAAAGCAGGGCAUCUUCUGCAGGCUAUACAGCAGGACCUGAAACAUGUUUCCUCAUCCAUCUUGUCUUCAAUCAUUACUGAGUCAACAGCUCAUUUUGGAGAAGACAGAGUGACCCAACUAUUCAGUGACCAAUCUGCUGUCCAUGUCCUCUUCUGUCAAGGAGACUGGAGUCAUUACAUUUUAAAUGAAGAGGCCAGUCAAGUCAUGAACAUGUGCCAGGAUACUUUUGGUCAUUUGGUCAAUUCUCUUUGCCAGGGUGAUAUUCCUUUUGGACAUCUGCAGAUUAUCCUGAAACAUCAGAAACAAUUCCAACAGCUGUACAAAAAAUGCAAAAAACACAUCAACUCAGAGAAAAUCACUAUUGAUGCAGAAAGACUACUCAGUCAAAGACAGAAAGAUCGCCAAGCCCUGCUGGAACAGAGGACCCAUAUAGAUGUCCUCAUAAAAAUGGUUGGGAAAAUCUCAGAGAGGAUUGCCGUACCUGAGAUCUCCCAACUUGAGAAAGAACACAAGAUUGAUAUGCAGCUAAAGGGAUUAAAUGAGCUGGUGGGAGUACAAUCAUGCUUCUCCAAUAUGGACCUAAAGGAUAUUUCCACAGGGAUGGUUCUGUACUACAGUGCUGACUUACUUACAGUGCUCAAAGCAGCAAAAGAGAUGCACGAUUUUCAAGAAAGCAAUCUGAUUCUCAAAUCAUGGAUGGACAGAGCAAAUGCGCUGGCACCUGGUUCUAAACGUCUAUCGCUGCGUCUGGAAGAAGUUCUCUCUAAAAUCUGGCAGCCUUCUCUUAGUGACUUUUACCAGCUAGGUAUAAGUAUUGGACAUGGAUCUGUGACUUUUGAGGAAGUGGACAAGGCUGUUGAAGGGUGUGGAGACGAAGGUGAUGGUGCUAAGCUCAAGAAGGAGAUGAAUCUUAUGGCCAAUAAGCUUGCGGAAUUUCCAGGUCUGGAGAACAACUGGCUUGAACCAAGGCUCAGUCAGAUCCAGGAGUAUAGACAGCUUCACCAUGCGUCAGAGUCUGCCAGCGCAAUACUGAAGAUAAAAGACCAGUUCAAUCUGAAGGGAGACUUCAGCCAUAUAUCCAGUCUUACUCAGCUGAGAGAAGAUUCAUUCAAAAAGAAGCCUCUUGAAUCACUGAGCAACGACCUUAUUAGUGCCAAGAAAAAGCUUUCUCACGUCAACCAUCAGCACACAGCUUGUCUGGAGGCGUUUCUGGACAGCGAAAAACUAGUCGACUGGGUUAAGACCAUGAUUGAUAAGCGAAGUGAUCUGAAUGUGUUUAUGGAGUUGGCUUCCAUUUCGGCUGGAGAGAAUGACAUUGAGAUUGACAGAUUGGCCAGUUUUCACGAUGCUGUCUCAGGUUAUAGCCCGUUGUUAUACUCCUUACAUGAGGAAGCAGGUUUUGAAGAGUUAAUUGUCCGUGCUCAGGAAGUCUGGGAAACUCUCCAAAAAGAUGAAAAACUUCCAGAAAAACUGAAAGACUCUGCUUGUUGGUUAGACUGGCUGAAAGGACUGAGCGAGACUCAUGGCUCUGUGGAAAAGUCUUCUCUUUCUAUGGCCUCAGCAAUCAAUACCCAUGGGGUGUACCAUGUUGGCUGGCCAAAUAGUUCUUCUGGAAAGAAAUCCCUGGGCAGUGUUUUAUGUGUGAAGGUUAAAAACUCUGAAAAGGAAGUGACAUACAGUCUCAAUGAAUUACUGGAGUUACAGAACAAACUGAUGUUGAUGUCAUCCAAGGGAGAGCGUGGCAAGGAGGAAGUAAAUAAGUUCACGGAGAUAUUUGAGGGAGUGCAGAGAAUGGGGCGCAUCCUCAUGCAGCUAUGUUCAUCUGGCAACUUAUUCUUCCGGAAUUUGUCUGCACUUGUAAUAUGCUACCAUGAAAAGGACCCAUGCAUUGACAUAUGCUUUCCCUUGCUCGAGAAGCAUAUUGUGUAUCAUGGACGUGUUGCAGAGGAGCUUCAAAAAGUAUGUCGUGCUAUGGAAGCCUGCCAUGACGAUUGGUGUAGAUUUAUGUCUGAGCUGCGCUCUCAGUUCUAUGCACUAAAUUAUUAUACCUCAGAACAAGUGGUCUACCUUUGCCACUGGAUCAACAAAAUCUGUGAAAAAGGAAUGCCCGUGCCACAACAAAUAUGGCACUUGCUCACUCUGCUUAACCCAGACAGUAGACUGAGUGAUAUCAGACUUGCCUUUGCGAAGGCAAAAGAGAGUCUUCAGCCUGAGCUUCAAAGCCACAUCAGUGCCGACUUAGAGUCCGAACAGUCUAUCGAUAUUAGCAGACCCAGACAACACAGAGAAAACUCGAAUAUUGACAAAGACCCUGAAGAAGAGGGAAUUGACAUGGUCCCUGAGAAUAUGCUAGAAGAACUUUCAACUAGCUCUGUAAUAUAUUCUGAAGAAUAUUGUGAAAUGAGCAGGCUUCAGGAGGAUACUGAAGAAGAAGAGGAAGAAGAAGAAGAAGAAGAAGAGGAAGAAGAAGAAGAAGAAGAGGAAAAAGAAGAAGAAGAAGAAGAAGAAGAAGAAGAAGAAGAAGAGGAAAGUUUGGCUGAAGGGGAUCAGGAUGAGUUGGAGGACAGUAGCAAUGAAACUGGAUCAGAAGAAGACAUUAUAGACACUGUCUCCUCCACACAGGCUGAAAAAUGCAAAAUUACAAACACAGCUAUGGAAACUCUGGAGAAUUUGUGGCGGGACUUCAUGAAUAACAUGCCUAAAUACCUUACGCAAUACAUGGACGUUAAGGCCCUUGCUCAUUUUCUUUCCUGUUUCUCUGCCAUGAACAAGUUAAACAUCAUGCGCAAGUUGCCAUCUAUUCUUCAAGACGGAAAGCCCAAUCUCAUUCUUUGCCCUGCUACAGAAUUAAUAACCACCACACUUGCUUUGUACUUGGAGAGCCCAGAACAGGCUUUUCCCUCAGUUGAUGAGGUGCUAAUGUGCCAAGAGAACACGAGUGAAGAAGAGGUUGAGAUCUUCCUUCGGAGAUGCCUCGGCCAAGGUGCCCCAAGCCACCAUCAGAAAAUCUAUACAUUGGUUAAUCCAGGUUUGCUGACCUAUGAUGUAGGUGUGGCUCUGGCAGAGCGUUUUGAGGCAAUGGAGCGUAGUGCUGGGUCUAAUUUUCGCAUGGUUAUAGUCUGUCCUGUGAACCAAGACAGAUAUAUCCCAUCAUUCUUUAGCAACUACAAGGUGCAAGCAGGAUUGAGUUUUUCUUUAGAAAGUGCCAAGAAAUACCUCCAGGAACAUUUAACUACUCCCUACGUCCAAGGUCGUCAAUGUCGGGUCUUUCCAGAUGGUAUUUCAUCCUGGUUGGUUACAUCUAAACGUGCAGCUGUUGGAAAGUCGCUCUAUGUUACAAGGAUGUUCCAGAAUUUCAAGGCACCUUUUCCAAAUGCCACUUACCUGCCAGUUAGACUGAUAGAACCCAAUAUUGACAUUGAUUGCUUAGUCCAAACACUUUGUGAGAAGCAGUCAUCACUGAAAGAACAAGAUCCUGUUCUCCUGCACAUUGACACUGCAGCCGUUCGUUGUGGAUUAGAGGAGUUCCUCUUUAGGUUACUCAUUCUAGGAUGUCUGAGUGACAGUGAAGGGAAACUAUGGAGGAGAAACACAGCCCACUUGAUUGCAGUUGAAGCACUUCUGCCAGAUUCUGCUCAUCAUAGACAAACACAUAAAGAGUCAACCCAAGGUCUUCUCAGCUUACUGCCAACUAUUCACUGUAAAUCGCCAAAAGAAGUCCGAGAACUGGAACUCAGAAUCAGAAAUCGUCCUGAGAAACCUGCAUCCUUAGACCCACUGAUGGACAUGCAAGAGUUUGAAAGUGAAGGUGUUCAGAGACCUUACCAAUAUUUAAAGAAAUUCAACAGAAGAGAGAAUUUGGAUCUUUUCAAAUAUAAAGCUGGAUCUGUAGUGGGCAAUAAAGUGGAUUGUCUUCAUCAUCUUUUGUCAAACUGUGGACUGGACGACCCUUCAUGGGCUGAACUGAAGCACUUUACUUGGUUUCUCAAUCUGCAGCUCAAGGAUUGUGAGGAUUCAGGGUUCUGUAAUCCGAACUUUUUUGGUAACAUUCUGAGUGGCUUCAAGAGCUUCAUAGUCGAAUUCAUGAUAUAUAUGGCUAGGGACUUUGCAUCUCCUUCCCUGAAUAUCUCUGACCAAAGCCCUUCACUUCUCCCAGAGAGUGACCAUGAAGAUGAUCUUUUAGCCAAGUUAACCAUUCGGAAGCGAUGGGAGAAUGAAUCUCAUCCAUAUAUCUUCUUUAAUGCAGAUCACUUGACCAUGACCUUCCUUGGGUUUUAUGUGAAGGAAAGUACCCCUCAAAAUACUGUUAAUGUCGUUGACCCAAAGACCAAUGAAGUUUUGAUGGGAAAUGUAAUGUCACUUGACCUUUUCACAGGACUUCAGAAUCAAAGAAUUAAAUUUUCUGAAGACUUUGACCAGCUGCCAAGAAUGACCAAGAUACAAAAGAUUUCCCUUGUUGUUGGUGCUGAUAUGAGGAAACAAUUUGACCCUGAUCCUACAUAUGAGCUCACUUCUGACAAUGUAAUGAAGAUGCUGGCCAUUCAUAUGAGAUUCAGGUGUGAGAUUCCAGUGAUCAUAAUGGGGGAAACUGGUUGUGGGAAGACCAGACUAGUGAAGUUUCUUUGUGAUCUGCAAAGGCAAGGUAGAAAUGUUGAAAACAUGAAACUGGUUAAAGUUCAUGGAGGAACUACUGCUGACACUAUAUACAAGAAGGUGAGAGAGGCUGAAGAGCUUGCACAGAGAAACAGUCAAAAAUGCCAACUAGACACCAUUUUGUUUUUCGAUGAGGCAAACACCACAGAAGCCAUCUUUGCUAUCAAAGAGGUACUAUGUGACAAGACUGUGCAAGGAUUUCCUUUGAAGAAAAAUUCCGGUCUGAAAAUAAUAGCUGCAUGCAAUCCCUACAGGAAGCACACUCCAAGAAUGAUUGAACGCUUGGAGAGAGCUGGAUUGGGUUACAGAGUAAAGGCUGGAGAAACAAAGGAUCGACUUGGUCAAGUUCCCAUGCGCCAACUUGUAUACCGAGUUCAUCCUUUGCCUCCAAGUAUGAUCCCUCUUGUUUGGGACUUCGGGCAGUUGAGUGAUUCAGCAGAACGUUCUUAUAUCCAACAAAUUGUACAGAAACAAAUUGAAGAACACCGCUUGCCAUUUGAAUGCCAGCACCUGAUCACUGAAGCUUUGGCAGCCUCUCAAAGACAUAUGCGUCAUCAAGUGGAUGAGUGCAGUUUUGUAAGUCUUAGGGAUGUAGAGAGAUCAAUGAGGGUGCUAGUGUGGUUCUACAAACACAGAAAACACUUUUUUCCAAAAUGUCAAGAGACCGACAUUGUACACAUGACCUUCAAAUGCUUGGUUCUUGCUUUGGGUAUUUGCUAUUAUCCAUCACUUGAGUUCAGAGACAACUAUCUACAGACUGUUAGCCGGUUCUUUCCACAUCCACUCAACUCCAAACAGGCACUGGCGCAUGAGAUUUCCUCUUGCCAAGACUUCUUCCUUGAGAGCAUUGAAACGAGAGAGACAAUAGCUAAAAAUUUAGCAUUGAAAGAAAAUGUCUUUCUCAUGGUGGUCUGCAUUGAGCUGAAGAUCCCACUCUUCCUGGUAGGCAAGCCAGGAAGUUCGAAAUCUCUUGCCAAAACUGUUGUAGCUCAUGUCAUGCAAAGACAGGCCUCUCACAGUGAAUUGUUCCAGAAGCUAAAACAGGUGCACAUGGUGUCUUUUCAGUGUAGCCCUCACUCAAGUCCAGAAGGGAUCAUUGGAACUUUCAGGAAUUGUGCUCGUUUUCAAAAAGACAAGAACUUGGAUGAGUAUAUAUCAGUGGUAGUGCUAGAUGAGAUAGGAUUGGCAGAAGAUUCUCCGCAGAUGCCACUGAAAACCCUGCACCCACUUUUGGAGGAUGGCUGCAUUGACAAUGACAGACCAGAUCCACACAUGAAAGUGGGCUUUGUUGGAAUCUCAAACUGGGCUCUUGAUCCUGCAAAGAUGAAUAGAGGUAUUUUUGUUUCUCGUUGGGAUCCAAGUGAAAACGAGUUAGUGGAGACAGCCAAAGGUAUCUGCUCAUCAUCCCAGUCAGUUCUUCACAAAAUCAUUCAUCUUCUGCCUAAAUUGGCAAAAGGCUUUUUGAACAUUUGUAAAAGUGACAGCGACCAAUUUUUUGGACUCAGGGAUUAUUACAGUUUGGUGAAAAUGAUUUUUGCUGUGGUGAAAAACACAGACCGUGAGCCCAGUGACAGUGACUUAGCAAAGGCUAUCCUGAGAAAUUUCAGUGGACAAAAAGACAACUUUGAUCCUCUGUGUCAUUUCCAAGAUCUCUUCUCAAACCCUCAUGAACUCCCUAUGAUAAGCACACUGGAAAUGAUUAAACAAAACCUUGAACACAACAAUGAAGAAGAAUGUCGCUAUCUUCUUCUGCUCACAACAAACAAUGCUGCCCUCUACAUAAUUCAGCAGUGUAUUUUUUCAAAGGAUGAAUACACCUGCCCUGAAAUUGUGUUUGGUUCAGGAUUUCCCAAAGAUCAGGAGUACGCUCAAAUCUGCCGCAAUGUGAGUCGAGUGAAGACCUGUAUGGAAACUGGACGUACUGUCAUCCUCUUGAAUCUGCUUAAUCUGUAUGAGAGUCUGUAUGAUGCAUUGAAUCAGUACUAUGUUUACUUUAGUGGGCAGCAGUAUGUUGACCUGGGAUUAGGAUCACACAGAGUAAAGUGUCGAGUUCACAGAGAUUUCAGACUGGUUGUCAUAGAGGACCAGGAAAAGGUCUAUGACAAGUUUCCUGUUCCACUAAAAAACAGGCUGGAGAAGCACAGAGUAGACCGGAGCACUGAUUUGACACCAUGGCAGCACAGCGUUCUGGAAAAACUCAAGAACUGGGUGAAGAAGUUUUCCCAGUAUUCUGAAAGACCUGCAUCAGAUUUUAGCUCAACCGAUGCAUUCGUUGGUUUUCAUGGAGAUGCUUGUGCCAGUGCUCUCCUGCAGGCAUUAGAAAAAAGAGAAAAACAGGAUCAUCAGAAAGUGGGAGAUGGUCAAGUUGACCCUAACAUGCCUGCAAAGAGAAACAACAGUUUGUUAGAGCCCAUAAACUUUAGCAAUCUGUCUGUGUCCACAGAGGAUGAAUGUAAAGAACUGGUCUACGGUCAAGGAGAAGGAGUUGAGUCUCAUGACACUACACCUAAUGAUGACAAGGAAAGCGGUUUGACAGGCAGUGAUACAGGAACGACUCUCCUCGAUGAAAACAACGAGGGACUUGUCUUGAUGGAUGUAGAUGACAGUGAGGGCAGCAUUGAAGCUGAAAAUGAACAAAAUGCUCUUGAGGAUAUUCCCAAGUCAAUGGAAAUGGAUGUAUAUCCAGAUGAUAUUGAGGAAGUAAAGUUAAAUGAGCCAAAAGAAUCCAAAGAUGAGGAGGAAGAGGUCUAUGAAUGUGCCACAUACUUCUUGUUGAACUGUGCCUCACCAGAUUCUGUGCUGAGGCUAAAAUACUCAGGGCUGGGAAAGCAUGAAACAGAAAGUCUUCAGAGGUUUUAUUUUCAUCAGCAAGACCACCAUUCCCUCAGAGGAUUUAUGGACAGUCAUUUGAAGAAGGCUGACAAGGAAAAGAAGAGAUUCAUAGAGGUAACCACCUUCUCUGGUUUGCUAACUAAAGCCGAUGUGCGAAAUCUGGCCCAAGCACUGGGGCUGUCCAUGGAGCGGCUCCUUUUGCUCUCUCUGCACCAGUUUGACACAGAAGCUUCUUUCUGCAGCAAAAUUCGAGGCUUCCUGAAGACUGCACAUCUGUCUCUGCACAUCCUGUUGGUUCAGAUGGAUAUGGAGGAAUCACUCUGCAAAAAUGAACUCAUUGCUUCUGCAAAGUACUGCACCAUGAAUGAACUUCUUGCUUUUCAGUCAGAAGAUCACAACUGCUAUAUUGUGUUUAUCACAAAGCUCUCAAGGAUUGCAAGUGGCAAUAAAUAUAUUGGAUUCCAGGGAGGUGCAUGGCUUUCGACGCAUAUUGAUGACCUCAGAGACACCAAAGACAUGAGCUUGGAUCUCUCUGUUUUUUGUGGAAUGCCAAUCAGCAAGCUUCUCUCCGAGCCAGCACAACCUGCUGCCAUGGAAGUAGAAGAUCAAGGAGAAGCCACAGUCAAAAGUCAAUGUGAAGAAUCUGCAUACCUGCACAGUUUGUCUUUGGUGAAAUCAUGCUCUCAGAAAGCUGUUUCACUACUUCAAGACUCUAGUAAUAAAGCUUCUAGGAGUAUGGAGCGCAUCAACCUUCUGCUUGGCCUUCUGGAAAACGAUUUGGGACGCAGUGGAGCACGUUUCCAGGAAGCACUGCUGAGGAGAUUGGUCGUUGCCCUCACACAGAGAGAGGAGAAUAUGGCUAAUUCAGGAGAUUGGGUGAAUCGUGAAAUAAUGAAACGGGAGGCCUUGCAAGAAGGUGGCACUCUGAGGCACACUCUGUGGCGAUGUCUACAGGGAGUUCUGACCCCAAUUCUGGCCCGGAUACUAGAGGUACUGGACAGAGACUCUAAUCUGGACCUGGUGUAUGGAGCAGGGCUCAGUGAUGGGUUGGUCCAGUUCUGGCUGGACAUCUUUGAUGACAGGCAGAUUUUAGACUUGUCCGUGCCACAGAACUCAAGUUCCUCAGAACAAGAGAUUGAUGUGCAGUGCAAUCUGGUGUUGGGAGGAAACGCAUACCCUUGCAGUGCUCCUUUUAGUUGGCUCAUCCGACAGUGCUGUCAUAGCCUAUGGGAGGAGUCUCAGUUUGCACAGGGUAUUGAACAGAGCAGCCACGAGCGAAUCCAGCAGUUUGUAAGUGCUGUGAGUAGCAGUCGGUUGGGCGGCUAUAUGGAAAAACUCUCCGAGAGAGAGCGCAUCGAACUGGGCAAGAGAUAUCUCACUGAUUUUGUGAUACUCGCCUUCAAAAUCAAGACGGAAGAAGAAUUGAGGGUAUUCUGUGCAGCAGUGUUAGGUUUUGUUGCUGCUCUGCAGCAGGACAUGGGUGUAACCCCUGACCUUUCUCCAGCCUGGAUCAUGGCAGCAGCUCGACACUUCAGUCCACGACUCGACACACUCUUGCACAUUCUGCAGAUCCAGCCUCAAUUAGCUCCUCUCAUUCUGAAACAGUCCUCACAGAAAGACAUGCAAGAAGACAUUUUAGCUCUCGGGAUAUGUGUGGAGGAGACUAAACUUCAGUCGAUUACAUCAUUUUCUGAGUGUUCAGGCUUUCUGGCCAGAGUCGAACUACUGCAGCCCUGCUUGCAGAGAGCGUUCAAUCCCACUUACAGCUCCCUCUGUAACCCUGGCUGUCUCGCACAUCUGGAUGCGAUAAAGUCUGUAUGGCAGGGGAUGCUGGUGGUAGCUACUUUUAUCGAGCAAGUUGUGGUGAAAGUAAAUGUGCGUGACGAGAAGCUGGUGGCACUGACACUUAAACACUGCAGCCAGCUACAGCGGCUAAUGGAGGAGUGUCCUGACCUACAGAGCAAAGACUUUCUGCAACAGCUCAUCCGCAUCCUCAAUGAGUACCAUGAGGAAUCCAUAAGCAGAGAGUUACGCUUUGGUCUGAAGUGUCCUGUGUGUCUGGAGGACCUGUCUGAACCCUGUGUCCUACAGUGUGAGCAUGUGUUCUGCCUGUCCUGUAUAAAGGGAUGUAUACAAGGAGAGGACGCAAAAUGCCCUAAGUGCAGGACACAGCUGCCUCCCAACUACCAGCCAACUAUCUCACCGAGCACAGAUUCGGCCCUAAAACAACACGCAGAGUUAAGGAGAUGCUGUAACUCCUUCUUUUUGGAGGUGGUGUCUCGUUUCUGCUUUUCCAAGGGACAGCAACCUCGAGAGGACAUGGUGGAGCUGCUCUUCUCUCUGCUUAUCUCAGCACAGGGAGACGUGUAUAAGACAAGAGAGCUAACACCCUUCCUGGAGUGUGUUGACCAGAGUCCUGUGGUACGGUCUGUGUUGCCCAAACUCUUACUGCAAUACAGUUUUGACCAGGUAAAGGGCCACAUUCAGACAUAUUUGGAAAACCUGGAGGACAAACUUCUUGAUAAAGAGGACAGGAUGGAACUUUACAGACUUUUUGUCAACUGUUUCCAGGAUUCUUUGCUGUGUGUGGGUUUGAGUAAAACUCUGGAAGCCGGAGAACUUCAGCGACGUCAGCAGAAAGACAUUAACUUUCUCAACCGAUUGGCUCGCAAGCAGACACCAUCCAGAGAACAGCAGCCAGCUGAGUUUCUUCUGUCCAUGGCCCGUCUCAGGAUGUGUCUAGACACUGCUGCUCGCAUACUGCCCAGGGCCGUCAGCCAUAAAAGCGGAGAAUGUGUUGAAUGGGAACAGAGACUGUUAGAGGAAGUGAAGGCGGUCUGUAAGUAUACUAACAAUGACUGGUAUCGAGUCUACCUGCUCAGAACGCUGAACAGACAGGAAGGCACAGACUGUGUCCAGGCUGUGAUGAAUAGCACCCCCUAUGAAUGGGUCUUCCCCGCCAAGCUCCUGCAACUACAGCGGUUGAUUCCUGUGGAGGUGGAUCGAUUUCUGUGCUGUGGUGAGUGGUAUCGCACUGUCAGAAAUGGAGUGGGACAAGUGCUGCUGGUGUCCAACACAGAUGAUCUUAAAGCCGCCCUGCAGAAUGAAAGCAUUUCACAGUCUUUGAAGAGUGUCCUCCUGGCUUUGGCAUUGUUCAGACAGGUAACCUGCCGCCUAGAAUCUCCUGACUCCGCCAUGCAACCUGGAGCACAGGCAUUACAGAUGCUAAAGGACAGUGUGAGGGAAAGCACAAUAGGGCACCUGCAAGACCUUUGCACCAGCCUUUUAUCAAAUCCGUUAGAAGGUCUCAUGUCUCACCUGCGUGUUCGUGCAAAUGAAUCAGCACAGAGACGUCUUCUCCUGGAGCUCCUGGUUCAUGCCAUUGCUGUGUUCCAUAGUGGGAGUCGUCUUCUAUUCCCUCUCCACCUCAUUGCCUCGAGGCCACAGACUAUGACGGAAGCAUUUCUUCCCACCAUGCCAGAUGACAACAGCAAUCUGGCCAGACAGUGGUUACUGGAAGGAAAGCUGAGGAUGUACACUUGUAAAAACGGACACGUAGCUUUUGUUGGAGAGUGUGGGAGGCCAGUGGCUGAAGGAAAGUGUGCCACAUGUGGAGUGCCUAUUGGUGGUCUACACCACAGAGCAGUAGAUGGAUUCAUGGAAGUCCAAAGCAAUAUGCGAGAUCGGACCCGACCAGGCCAUAUUCUGGAUGCUGCUGCCCGCAGAUCUGACGCUCCAAACAGAGAUCUGUCUAUGGCCCAGUCCUGUGUGCUGCGUCUCUUCCUUCAUCUGGCUAUGCUACAUGGAUCCUCUCUCAAUCCCCAGGGUAUCCAUACAAUGAUUCAUCCUACUGUACCCAAUACCCAAGAGUUUCUGUGGCACCAUCUUGAAAAGGACAUGGAGGUUCUGGGAAAGACUCUGAAUCUGAACUGUGAUGACACAGCCAUCAUGGUUCAUCUGAUCCUCAACACCUCAGCACAGCUCCCCACAGUUCGGGUCCAUCAGGGGGGAGCAGAAUGGUCUUCUCGACAGGCCCGAGAGGAGUGGGAGAAGCAGGUUUGCCAAAGUGUCAUCAAUCCUGUUCUAAAGGAUUUGAACAGACGCUUAACUGAUGCUCAGGAGCAGGUUGCAAUGGAUGAUAAGCUGUCUAACAGUGCUCUGGUUAAGAUAUUAAAGGGAGACCCUCGUUCCCUCCUUCCGCUCCCCUCUGACUGUCCCAGCCAUCAUGCGUCUUUCUGGAUGCCUCCAGACACCCUGACUAUGGAACAUCUUUCCCAGCUUAUUACCCAAAACCAGGCACAGGAUCGAGUUCCCCUGCUCUCAUUGUUUCUCAAAAAAGUGCAGUACAUAAGACACCUGGCUUGUCUGCCUGACCUGGCUGCCCUGUUUUCGGAUCUGAUACGCAUCAUACCGAUAGACACUGAGACACACGCUUCAACCAUUGCUACAAUGCUUCACAACAUUCCUGCAGGCGUCCAGAAGAAUACACUCAAAAAAAGGAUACAGACCUUCUUCAGGGUUUGGAACCAUCUCCGAGUGGAUCUAGCGAAUAACACUGCUGUCGGUUUGGAUCCAGGACUGUGUGAGAAGGACAUAACCAUGGACAGUCCCGGUCAGUUUCUGUGCCUGAGCCGUCAUGGACCAGGCUCAUGUCUCAACGCUUUGAUCGACCUGCUGUCAGAAACUCACAACAGCCUGGUGCGAGAAGCUCAGAAACUCAGCUUUCAGGAAGACAGUGACUAUAGUGUUCCUGUGGGGGCGCUGUCUGAGAGCCAGUUGGCACUGUGCCACCCAGAGAAGGAGCUGCUGCCCCUGGUGUUAGCUCAUUGCCACUACACACUGGUGAAAGGUCAACAAACUGCCAGUGACUACGACCUGCAGGCUAUUGAGAAACAACUUCAUAGAUGCUUCUUCGCUGGCAAGCCACGUAUCCAGACAGACACUGAAAAGUAUCUGAAGAGACAUCAUCAAGAUUUUUCAGAGGUUUUGAAAGAUGUCCGAAGCAAGAUACCGCAGGAGCCGCUGAAGGGCUCGGUGUGCAGCUCGAUCAGAACAGUUCUGCGCUCCUUCACUGAUGUGUGUGAUGCUGUGUAUGCUCUGGAGAUUGGUCUGCGUUUCCUGGGGAAAACUGGAGGGCAUCCAAAAUCCCAACUACUAUCCUACCUUCACGAGUCUCUCAAGAUGCAGCAGCACAUCUCCAGCAGUGUAGAAAAGGCUCUGGCAGAUAUCAGGCUGGAUCAAUGUACAGCCACAUGGCAGCUGCUGACCUGUUGGAGGAGUGAGCUGAAGCUGAAGAGAGGACAGAACCCUAUCCCAAGACUUUCUAAGGAAUAUAGAGAGACACUUUCUGCUGAAGCCCAGAAAGACUUGAAGGAGUUCCUGGAUGUCACUGAUGUUGAGCUUUUCACUCUGGAGCUUCAUGAGAUCCUGCUUUUGAAGACAGACAUCCCCCCAGAUGACAGAUACUUUCCUCAUUGGGACAUCAGAUACACUCUGGAAUCACAUUUGGAAAAAAAAGGAGCUCCUGUCUUGCCUGGAUUAGACAACCUUUCAGAGCAGAUCUGUCUGAGCAAGGGUGCAGAAGUCUGGAGUUUUGCUGUACACUUCAAGAGAUAACUGUGUUCCUCAAAACUGUUCCGUUGUGAUGUAUAAAGCUACUGUAAGCGACAACGUUCCUUUUAUCAGUACCCACUGACUUUGUUGUGUAAAUUAUCUCAAGUGUGAAUGUGAAUUAAUUACGGAGCAGUUCUGGAAUUACUCAAUACGAUUUAUUGUUUAACAAUGAUGCGGUUGAAUAUGUUGCUGUUUGCCUAUUAAUGAUGUCAAAAUAAUAAUCAAGCCCACAUAGACACAGUGACAACAUUUUAAGGAGCUUGUAAGAUUGAUUGAUUGAUUGAUUGAUUUACUUUAUUGAUCCCAAGCUGGGAAAUUGUUUUGUUACAGCAUUAUUAGACAUGUGAAAAGAAAAAGACACACUGUGCAACAUAAAAUAGGAUUUUUAAAAAAAUCCCAAGAACAAGCCGACGAUACAAUGUGCAGAUAAAAAUGUAACGAAAAAAAAAUAUAUAUAUAUAUAUGUGUGUGUGUGUGUGUGUGUGUGCAUUGUACAGGUGAAUGUGCAUUAAUAGUGUUAAAAACAAGAAUGGUAAUGAAUGAAAAUAAGAAAACGGUGCAAAAGUGGUCGUACUGAAUGGGAAACUAGAAAAGCACUCGGAGAGCGCAGACCUCCACCAAGCAUCCGUUGAAAAAAUUCCGGGAUCCAGAAGGUGAUCCGGAUCACCGCCAAAAUUUAAUGGAUUGUUACUUGUGCCCAGUCACACCUCUGGAAAAAAUUUCAGAACAAUCUGUUCAUUACUUUUUCCGUAAUGUUGCUAACAGACAAACCAACAAACCAACGCUACUGAAAACAUAACCUCCUUGGCAGAGGUGAUAAUAAUAACUAGAAUGCAUUUCCGGAGAAAAUGUGAAAGUGUGCUUGCUCAGGUGCGCCGCCAUGGCGACCCGGCAAGAGAGGCGACCGCACGCCCACACGACAAGUUUUGUGUCAACACGCAAAAGUUUGGCCAAGACACAAGGCGGAUUCUCAUAUGGAGAUGACAGGCUGGCAAGUUUCUUUACAGAGACAUCCCAGAGCAUCACUAACAUGAAAAUGUAGAUGUAAUUCUAAAUCCAUAAAGAGAUAUGACCCAAAACACGUUUUUGCUCAUUGUGGCGCCCCCUAGUGGCCAAAUGACACCAAAUUUGAUGAGGCUACAUGAACUGGUGCCGAAAGUAAUCUCAACAAAUAUGGUCUUGAUAAGUCAAAGCGUUUCUGAGAUAUGAGCCAAAAUACAUUUUUGCUAAUUGUGACGCCCCCUAGUGGCCAAAUGACAAAAUAUUGAUUUUGAUUGGCUGCCACGCUUUGACGUAUGAGAGUGAAACGAAUAUCAUUCAUUAGGCAUGGACUGGAGAUCAUGUGUGCCAAGUUUCGUGAUGAUCGGACAAAACAUGCGGCCAGGGUCACUCUACGUUCACUUUGGACAAAAUUCAAAAUGGCGGAAAAUCUAAUUAGGCUGAGAAUGACGUCAUAUGAUGCGUUGGAAUCGUCUAGCUCCAAAGAUUCCAACGGCACCAGACUUAUGAAAAUCGGACAUACGGAUCAAAAGUUACGUGCAUGAACGCAUGUAAGACGGUGAUCAGUUGGUGGCGCUAGAGCGUGAGACGUACCAACAUGAAAUCAAUCAGGGUCCACUCCUCUGUCAGUGUACCAAGUUUCAUGACUUUAUACCUUACGGUUUGGCCUACAGAAGGAAAAAUCUGUUUUUUGCGUCGCGCGCCCAUUCAUUUCAAUGGGGAAAAAAUUAAUCCUUUAAAAAAAUCCGGGAUCCAAAAGGUGAUCCGGAUCACCGCCAAAAUUUAAUGGAUUGUUACUUGUGCCCAGUCACACCUCUGGAAAAAAUUUCAGAGCAAUCCGUUCAUUACUUUUUCCGUAAUGUUGCUAACAGACAAACCAACCAACAAACAAACAAACAAACCAAUGCUACCGAAAACAUAACCUCCUUGGCGGAGGUAACAAACAAACAAACGAAUGAAUGAAUGAAUGAAUGAAUGAACUCUAAAGGUACAAAGUGACUCAUGGCAGUCAACAGAAAAGCUCUGAUGGUGCAAAGUUACAGGAGGACCAGCAUUAUAAACAGGAUUAUACAGUAGAGAGAUCAUUUUUGAUAUUUUAUCUCAGCCAAGGACCUGUUUAAUUGGAUGUGCUAACAAUUAUUAUUUUUCAUCAGUUGAUGUAAAAGCUGGGGGCAGCACGGUGGUGUAGUGGUUAGCACUGUCGCCUCACAGCAAAAAGGUUCCGGGUUCGAACCCAGCGGCCGCUCAGGGCCUUUCUGUGUGGAGUUUGCAUGUUCUCCCCGUGUCUGCGUGGGUUUGCUCCGGUUUACCCCACAGUCCAAAACAUGCACUUAGGUUGACGUGGAGCAAGGUACCGAACCCCUGACUGCUCCCUGGGUGCUGUAGUGUGGCUGCCCACUGCUCUGUGUGUUCACUGCUCCAGAUGGGUUAAAUCCAGAGGAUGAAUUUCAGUGUGCAUGUGACAAAUAAAGGUUUCUUCUUCUUCUUCUUCUAAUAGGGACCUGCCAAAUAAUGGGAAUGUUAUUGUUAAUAAAAUCUAAUUCUUUCUUUCUUUCUUUCUUUGUUAAUUGGAGCAGAAAUAAGGUUCAGAUUCCUUUCCCCCUCAAUACUCUUUCCUCUAAAAUUGCAUUUAAGUUUAUCUGAAAAAUAAAUAUUUGCUACCUUAA